AUGGCGGAAGACGAUCUACUUGAAAUGGCUCGACUUCAUACUAUAGUGGAGUUCAUCUUAGAAGAUAUGGUCAACUCAUUCCUCGAGCUUAGACCAGAUACCCAAAAGCCAAAGGAGGAGAAGGUUGUAUUAUCACCAUCAGGAACAUUCCGGAUGCAGCGAGCUCUCUACCGACUGGAAAUCCAUCGACUCUUGUUCAAUAACAGGGAUCUUCCAUCGUUUGAUGGCUUAGAUUACUUUGAAGAUGUACAUCCUGACGACAAUGACCAAUGGAUUUUCUUCCUUAGUUUAUUCAGCCCAUGGGAAAUGGAGGAGAUCCGAUGUGUCCUGAAGUAUAUGUUUCGAGCAUAUGAAGAGCUGCCAGGAGCGACCGUAUUUGACGAUUGGUGUGAGCUCUCUCCCGAUGAGAAUGAAGAUCCAUUAUCACAUCUUUAUGAUCAUAAGAUUGACGACACCAACAGAGAACAUUAUGUCUCUUACGGUCUGGGUUUUCUCUAUCGCUGGAUACAUGUGUCCAGCAUAACCUGUCGAGAAGAACGCUUGAUCAAACAAAAGGCCAUACUUCGUGGCACAUUGUCCAGUUCAGCGCAAUACAUACUUUCUGCUCUGGAUACAGAUCCUGAGAUUGAGUAUUUUAUGGACUUCGGUGAUGAAGGCUCGGAUGGCAAGACCUUCCUAUCAGACGCGGACUGGAAUAGUCCCAAUUUGGCUUGGACAUGGUGCUUAAUAAAUGCGACUUUAGAAGAUGCAUCCAUAGAGCUUUGGAGAGAUGUCACAAAUCCACUACGCAACUGGGGGUUCUUAUUUUGGGAUGAGCAUCGAUUGAAGGAGUGGGGUUUCAUCCCGGAAAGGAUGAGAGAGGAGCAAGAAACUUGCCACAAUGAGCCAGCGGAUACGAGAUCCGAUCUUGGUGAAGCUGUCAAUAACGUGUAA